CAUGUGCUUGUCACUCUUAUAAUCAUUUUUUUGCUAACCUAAAAUGUUUUUUCAAAUGACUUGAUUUGCUAUUUUGAGUUAUUUUUUACGCUUAUUUUUGCAAAUUUAUUAAACUAAAUCUCGAUUGUGUCGUGGCACGUAUAUUUGCGCACUUAGAAUUUUUACGCGUUACAAUUUUAUAAUGAUGACUUUGCGUUAAGCCUGAAAUGGAAAACGACCCGAACAACACUACGGCGGGUCGCGAGACAGGGCGGUGUAUGUCGGUGGCGGCGAUGCAGGCGCUGCAUCGACUGCGCGAGUGCCGGUUGCUGUGCGACGCCAUAGUGCGGGCAGACGACGGCGCCGCCUUCCCCGUGCAUCGCGCUAUCCUCUCUGCUUGCAGCCCCUACUUUUUGGCACUGUUCACAACAACGCUGCACCGCCGCGAGCAAAGCGACGUGGUGAUAUCGGGCGUGCGCUCCGAGAUCCUAUUGCUGCUGAUCGAGUACGCGUACCUGCGGCGUAUUGACGUGUCCGACGCGAACGUCCACGAGCUGCUUAUGACGGCCGACUAUCUGGCCUUCCUGGGAGUGCUCCAACUCUGCUGCGAUCACCUCUACAACUCGCUCAACCCAAAGAAUUGCCUAGGGAUCAUGAUGUUUGCCAGGCGCGUGUUCUGCUACAAGCUAGAGGCGGACUCCAGGCGUUAUUUGCUUCGCUAUUUCGUCACCGUGGCUACGCAGAGCGACGAGUUCCUACAUCUGCCGCUGGAGGAGCUCAACUCCAUUAUUCUCGAAGACGAACUGAAUGUGAAGAGUGAGGAGGUAGUCUGGGAAGCGGUGCUGCGCUGGGUCAACUACAAUCCAGACGAACGCUGGCAGCAUACCGUUAAACUAAUGGGCAGUAUACGGCUGGGCCUCCUCGAUACACAAUUCUUCCUGGAAAACGUGAAAGACCAUCCGUAUGUAACCGGCAACGAAGGUUCCCGCCCCAUCAUCAUCGAGACCCUGAAGUUUCUCUACGACUUGGAGAUGAUCGCACAGAGAGACGGAGAGGUUGCCACGCCAGAGAUUGCCCGGCCCAGGGUUCCGCAUGAGGUUUUGUUUGCAAUCGGUGGAUGGAGUGGAGGCUCGCCGACAGCAUUCAUUGAGACCUACGACACCAGAGCUGACCGUUGGAUUAAGGUAGAGGAGGUGGACACGGCUGGUCCCAGGGCGUACCACGGCACAGCAGUCCUCGGGUACUGUAUCUACGUAAUUGGUGGCUUCGACGGCAUGGAUUACUUCAACUCCUGCCGCUGCUUUGACGCCGUCACAAAGACAUGGAGAGAGGUAGCACCCAUGAACGCUCGUCGCUGCUACGUUUCCGUGGCCGUCCUGGGUGAGACGAUAUACGCCAUGGGUGGGUACGACGGCCAUCACCGGCAGAACACAGCGGAGAGGUUCAAUCACCGCACCAACCAAUGGUCCCUUGUGGCACCUAUGAAUGCACAGAGGUCGGACGCCAGCGCUGCCGCGCUUGAUAACAAGAUCUACAUCACGGGCGGGUUCAAUGGCCAAGAAUGUAUGAACAGCGUCGAGAUGUAUGAUCCGGACACAAACCAAUGGACUAAUUUGGCGCCAAUGCGCUCGCGCCGCUCCGGCGUCUCUUGCAUCGCUUACCACAACAAGAUCUAUGUGAUUGGCGGCUUCAACGGCAUCUCUCGAAUGUGCAGCGGCGAGGUGUACGACCCGGCGACCAACACGUGGGCCCCGGUGCCUGACAUGUACAACCCUCGCAGCAACUUCGCGAUCGAAGUCAUCGACGACAUGAUCUUCGCCAUCGGCGGCUUUAACGGCGUCACCACCAUCUACCACGUCGAGUGUUAUGACGAAAGGACUAAUGAGUGGUAUGAAGCGACCGAUAUGAACAUCUACCGGUCUGCACUCUCCGCGUGCGUGAUCAUGGGCCUGCCGAACGUAUACGACUACAUCCACAAGCACCGCGAGCGACUCAUGGAGGAGAAGAGACAGAAGAUCUUGUUAUCAGAGACGGCGAGACAUGGACAACACCGUACUGCGCUGCCUGAUGUCCACCUGAUCGAAGACAACGACGACAUGCUGGAGCAGCUCGGGCUGAUGGAGAACCGCGCUCAGAACGACGUCGCGCCGCCCCCGCCGCCGCCCCCCCUCCCCCCGCAGCCCAUGGAGCAGGACUGACAUCGUAGCUGCUCGCUUACACCUAGUCUUAAUUUCCUGCUCAAUUUCCGGUUCUUCGAUUUAACUUCCUGUCUUGUCUAAGGUACCUACAGCAUAAUCAGUAAGAUAAUAAAGAUUUAGUAAAAACAGUUAUAGUAAAGUUACCUAAUAAUAAUCUAUGUUAAAUUAUAACGUAACAUUUAUUUUUAAAAUAUUUACAAUUAUUGUAGCAAUUUUGGUUUAUUUAUAAAUGUUGUGAUAUUUUCCUAAUGUGAAUCAUACCUGAAUUUUUGGAACAUUUUUGAAAAUUGUAUAAAAUUUUUCGGACAAGUAUAUUGUACUUAUUAACUUCAUAAA